UUGGUAAUUCGUGGUAUAGUGCUGUUUUUUAUUGGCGUAUUUCUUGCAUUAGUAUUAAACUUGCUUCAGAUCCAGAGAAAUGUUACUCUCUUCCCCCCUGAUGUGAUCACAAGCAUCUUCUCCUCAGCUUGGUGGGUACCACCUUGCUGUGGCACAGCGUCAGCUGUGAUUGGGUUAUUGUACCCGUGCAUGGACAGACAUCUGGGAGAGCCACAUAAAUUUAAGAGAGAAUGGUCCAGUGUAAUGCGAUGUGUAGCUGUCUUUGUGGGAAUAAAUCAUGCCAGCGCUAAAGUGGAUUUUGACAACAAUAUCCAGUUGUCUCUCACAUUAGCAGCCCUGUCAAUUGGACUGUGGUGGACAUUUGAUAGAUCACGAAGUGGCUUUGGUCUUGGAGUAGGAAUUGCUUUCCUGGCCACAUUGGUGUCACAACUUCUGGUCUACAAUGGAGUUUAUCAAUACACAUCUCCAGAUUUCCUUUAUGUUCGUUCCUGGUUGCCAUGUAUAUUUUUUGCUGGUGGAAUAACUAUGGGCAAUAUUGGCAGGCAGCUGGCAAUGUAUGAAUGCAAAGUCAUUGCAGAGAAGUCUCAUGAGGACUGAGGAGAAACAAUAUGCACCUUUUAAACAGGAAAAUAUCUGACAAAUGACUGUUGGAGGAGCGUAAGGAACUAUGAAAUUGCCAAAACGCAAUUUUUUCCCUUGAGUGGUAUACUUUACUGCAAUCUGUGAUUGCUGCUUCUAUAGAAACUUUGAUGUCUGAUUUUGAUUACUGUGAAGUUACAAUAGUAUGCAAUACAUUUGACAAUAUUGGUUCAAUUACAGGAUUCUUUUUUCCAAGUCUGAACUGAGUUUACCAUAAGUUCUUGUCUGUCCGUAAUGUUGCAGUGCCAAACUGAACCUUUGCACUACGUUUCUAUAGCUGAAACUUCUGCUUCACUUUAUCUUGAAAGUUUUGAGGAAUUUGUUCUUAAUAGCUCAGUGAAAGACAGGGGAUUCAAAUUUAGGAAUGAAGAUGUUCUCUUGCCAUGAUGAAAGCCCGUAAUAUCUUUAUGAAAUUGAUGGGUUACAGGUGAGCUUUGAUGCAGUAAGUAACUGAUUUCUACCUGUUAA